AAAGAACCUCUCUUUGGCCUGGCCAGGAGGGUUUAAUCGCUCCCCAUCUUCAUCCUUAGGGUUUUGCUUACUAGUAUGAUUGAAUCUGGAGAUGGCAAGGGCUCCAAGCCUUCUUCCUACGAAAGAAUAGUUCUUAAGAAUGCUUCUGAAUACUACUAUCUGAAGAUCCAUUUGGAGUUCGAAGAAGUGGGCAUUAGCCUGAAUGCUUUUGAGUUCAAACAACUUAUUAUCUCCGCUCUGAAACAGCUGCAUGGCGAGGUUGGUGCUGCCCUGCCUGUGGAUGUGUUGUCGUAUGAAGAAAAAAACUUGUUUGCCAUACUUCGAGUCCCGAUCACUGGCCUGGUAAAGCUGUGGAGUGCAUUGACUCUGCUCGAUACCUACCAGAACAGAAAGUGUGCUUUUAGGGUCAUACAGACCUCUCCAUUUCUUCUAGCGUUAGCUGGGAACAGCAGAGAGCUGGUGCUGGAUUGAAUACACAGGAAACGCAGCUGACGGGAUUUGCAGAACGCCAAGCAGUCCAAGAUGCUGGCUGCCCUGUUGAAGUGUAGAAUCUUUGAGGCAAGCUUCCAUGGAAUAUUCCCAACAAAAACAAAACUUACCGUGCUACUCCUCACACAGCCCUCUGUUCUGCGAUUCUAUGUCCAAGUAGGAGACAAGGCUGAGUUAACGAAGACUUUUACACAGCAAGAUGUUGACACCUUUUCUGAUUUAACGGGAGACACAAACCGAUUACACCUGGAUGAAGAAUAUGCAAAGGGGACAAGGUUUGGAAGACCAGUGGUCCAUGGCGUUCUGAUCAAUGGACUGAUCUCUGCUCUCCUGGGUACUAAAAUGCCUGGCCAUGGUUGUAUCUUCCUGUCUCAGGAAAUUAAUUUCCCAGCUCCUCUGUACAUUGGAGAAGAGGUCUUGGCAGCAGCGGAAGUGAAGAGACUGAAGAGCGGGCUUGCCAGUAUUUCAGUGUCCUGUACAGUUGCCACAAGUGGCAAGACGGUUAUGGAGGGGAUGGUUAAGGCUACGGUGCCAGAAGAUCAGAACUCCAAGUCCUGACUACGUACUCUGUAGCAGGAGUCGAGAAUAACUUGCAUUUAAUUGUUCUUCAGGACAAAACAUACUGCCAAUUUUAUGCCAGUAUGGCUUAAGACUGAAGGAAUCCACAUGGCAAAAAGAACGAUAAAUGCAUCCUAUACUUACCUAGUUGUAAUUACAUUAUUGUGUGGGGUCUUAACCCAUGUCAUAAAAGGUUUUGAAGUCCAGAAUUAACGGAUGUUUAAAUUUGUCGGAACUCAGAAGAGUUACCAGUAAAAUGUUUUGGCAUGGCCCUCUGGUUUAAAAGCCCACCUUGAGAAG